AUGGAACCAAGCGCUGACAACAGCCUCAAGUCGACAUCAUCUGAAUAUGACACCCACGAAUGUGCCGACUAUGUUGAUGCGUUACUAAAAGAGCGCGAUUUCCUGGCAGAUGAGCUACAAAGGACAAAGAAGGAGCUGCGAUAUUAUAAGGACCAAUUCUACAAGCUGCAAGAAAAACUUCACUGUCAGAGCAGGCCCUUCCACUUAUCUGGAGAACGGGCAAGUCUCGCCGAUGAUAGUUCUCUCCGACAGACAAAGGCGUUCAUUGAGUCUGUUUUAUCGAAUAAGCGCAAACAAUCCCAGGAAAACCUCCAUGUAGACGAUGAUUCCUAUUUAUACUCAAGCUACGACUCGUCUAAUAGUGAAGUUGGCACAGCAGAUCUUAACACUUCUCCCAACGCAUCUUCUAAUUCAAAAGACAAGUCUACACGUCCGCUUCCGCAACCGGAGCACUCAGGAAUAGGGCUUUUCCAAAGCAGAGAAACGGUGCUUGGCCUUAGAGCACCGCCAAACCUCCGUGAUGAUCAACUAGACGUCGCGUACGAUACCAUUGCGGUUCUGCUGAACACUAUUCAUGCACUACAGCCAACUGCACAGCAAAUCGAGCGCAUCACUGGGGCGUUUAUGCGGCGAGGAAUCAUGCCGAUUUUCCUUGAUAGUUCUAAAACAAGCUUCUCACUGAAUCUAGAAUGCCAGGGAAUGAGCCCUGUGCAUAUUGCCCCUCGCUUUGUCGAAGGGACCUUCAUUCCAGAACAAGCGUAUUGCCUCAUGGCACAGUUUAUGGCGAGAUACCUUAUUCCCAAGGAGGAAGCCAAGGAGCUUUUGAUUGCACUGUGUGCACUGAUGAAACGUGUAGACGACGAAGCGUGUGCACUAGCAACAUCGCGUCUACGUGCAGAAAUUAUAGCUCUGCGCCGGCGUCUUUCCAUGGGAAUUCCAUAUGAAAAGGUCUUAUCGGAUAACCAGAUUUACCGGCUUAAGCAGGAUCUUAAUCGCUUUCGGAUGCUUUACAUGCGAGAAGUCGAUCGUAAGGCUCGAAAAGUCAAUAUUCACUUCCGUACUAGCACUGACGAGUCGCUACUUCAUGCCAUGAACAGCGAACUGCAGCAGUUAUCGUCUACUAUUUCAAAUAGCCUGCGUGGCACAACAGGCGCUGUACUUAGUAGCACGACACCUGAGGAAAAGAAUAGAGCUUCAGCACACAAUACGAACUCUCCUCACCGGUCUGUAAAGGUUGUUCGCGUAGAACAGCCUCACCUCGCUAUCACCCCCGUAGAAGUUGCGCGUACUAUGACACACGAGUUUGAAAUUCUUGUCAAGCGAGUCCGAAGUCUACUUGAUCGAUCCAUCCGGGAGGCCCAACACUGUUGUGAUCUCCCUUCCCUUCAUCACAAGCUAGUGGAGCUUGCAACACAAAUAGAGGACCUUCUUAUCGACUGGAGCGCAAGCAGCAGGCAGGUCUUGUCCGCCAUACUCCAGCUUACUUACGACACGUUUACACAUUCGUAA